AUGCCGUUUAGAAAGUUGAGUAAUUAUUUGUCUUUGAAAAUUCAACAAACGAAAAUAAGACAAGAAAAUCAGAAACACUUUUUUCAUAAUUAUUAUUAUUAUUUGGUGAACACUUCCCACUUCAGAUCUGUUAGUUGGAUAUUACUGUUCACAAAAUCGAACACACAAGCAAUUACUCAACUGAACAAUGAUGUUCCUGUUUGA